AUGAUGGCUUUGCGCUUGGCUCGGCGUCGUGGCCUUCGAAAAGCGGAGAUGGUACUGUACCUGAACGGCAUCCUGUUUAAGGAGGAGCGAGCGGCCUGCUCGGUGAUCUGCGCUUGGGCAGUGAACUUCUCGUGGUGGAGUCCGCCGCAGGAGACCCGGAUUUUGCUGGCAAGGCCAUGCGUUUGCAUUCUUCUCCUCUUGUUCUGCAACGCUCUCAAGAAGAUCUUGGAGUUCUCCUUCUUGCGGAGUAAGUUGGCCCUGAACUUCGAAUCCGACGUCCUGGUGAAUGCCUUCGAGCUGGCUGCUUUGGAACGUGUCGCAGACUUCGCCUGUCUCGAGGAGCAGCCGAAUCAACUGCUCUGGACGCUUCAGAAGACCCCCGUGCUCCCGCUGCUGCAGGACCCGCACGCGUUUGAGAAGCUGACAGCCGAGCACCUUCGGAAGGUCACCCAUACAAGCCUCGUGCUUACCUCGUCCAUCGUGGCGUUGUGUGAUGACCAAUCCCUCAAACUGGCAGGGCAGAAAGUCACCGUCUCCCGCCUUCAAUCCACCUCCAAUGUGCUGCGAGCGCAAGCUCCAGCCGCGCGAUGCUCAGAGGACCCAAGCGCCUUCUCGAACGUUGAUGUGUUGACCCUCCGAGCAUCCCUGUAG